AGCUUAUAACUAAAUCGAGUAUUGAGUAUCGACUAUCGCAUAUUGUGAUUUGUGGAUGGGAAUUUGUGUAAGUCGGUAGUCAGAAAUUGAAGAAAAUAUGUAUAUUGAACAUCUUUUUUAAUUACAUUGACCGUGUAUCAGAUUCUUGUGUUUAUCAUAUCCAUAUAUAUACGGCAACUCUACACAAGACCGUUUUCUCGCUAGCAGUUUGACCGCAGUGCCGCAACCCGCAAACCGCAGUAUCCGAAUUAAUCUUUACAGUCUACAACUCUAUACUAUUUGUGCAUUGUAUUCAUUUCUUACUUCAAUUGUUUGAUCAAUUAAUAAAAAAAGAAUACUAAAAUGACGGACUUACUCACAAAAUCUGGAAAUAAAAGCCAAGAUGAGAAACUCCUGCUUCCAUUCACCUAUAUCCAACAAGUACCAGGAAAGCAGAUGCGAGCCAAAUUGACUAUUGCUUUUAACUACUGGUUAAGGGUGAAUGAUGAUAAAUUAAAAGCAAUUGGGGAGAUUGUCCAGAUGUUGCACAAUUCAAGUUUAUUGCUAGAUGACAUUGAGGAUAACUCGAUUCUACGUCGCGGUAUACCAGUGGCGCACUCUAUAUACGGCAUCGCCAGUACCAUCAACGCAGCCAAUUACGUGAUGACUAUAGCACUGGAGAAAACCUUGAAUUUAGGACACCCCCUGGCGACCACAGUGUACACAGAACAGCUGUUGGAACUACACCGCGGUCAGGGAAGCGAGAUAUACUGGAGGGACAAUGUACAAUGCCCUUCAGAGGAGGAGUACAAAGAGAUGACUAUUAAAAAGACUGGUGGUUUGUUCAUGUUGGCGAUCCGUCUGAUGCAACUGUUCAGUGACAACAAGUCAGAUUUCAGCAAGCUAGCUUCGAUCCUCGGAUUGUAUUUCCAGAUCAGAGAUGACUAUUGUAAUCUUUGUUUGCAAGAGUAUUUUGAAAACAAGAGCUAUUGCGACGACAUAACUGAGGGGAAGUUCAGUUUCCCAAUAAUACACGCCAUCAGAAACCAGGAGGGCGACAAUCAAAUACUUCACAUUCUUCGCCAACGCACCCACAACGUCGAGGUGAAGCGUUAUUGCAUAAAGCUUCUAGAAAAAGCUGGAAGCUUCAAAUACACACAUGAUACGCUUCAAGAGUUGGACAACGAGGCCAGAGCCGAGGUCGCUCGCCUCGGCGGCAAUCCGCACCUAAUGGAGUUCCUCGACGAGCUACGUACUGUUGGCGCGAACGACAUCACCAAGCUCACGCAAUAACUCGCACACACAUUCCACACAAACACACAUACACAUUCUGCAUGUAAACUCUAUGAUAAAUAAAAAUAUUACGCAAAUUUGAUGACUCACUAAGGCAAUUCUUGCAAUUUAAUUUUGUCGCUAUCUCUCUUUUCUGAAUUAUCUAUCGCUGUCGCAGUUUUAAAUUGCUGUGUAACUUUCAAUUAGUACUUAUCAUAAAAACCAACGAUAUCUGAGCGCCAUUCAGCAUGAAAAAGGCGUAGGCGUUUCUUUAUAAUAUAAUUGAUUUAACUGUCGUUUUUAAAUGUUAUAAUAUCGUUAUGAGUUUAACGUUGUCUUAUGGAUUGUCCCUAUAAAGAGGUCUAUUUUAAAUAUUAAAUUAUGUUUGAAUCACUUUAUACGCUGAAUUAUUUUUGGUAACUCAUUUUAUUCGCUGUUAAAAAUCAUAUUUUAGUUCUAUAUACGUCGAAACAAAUACAUUAUAGUAUGGGUUUGGUAAUUAUCAUCUAGAAGGCUGUAUGUGACUUAAAUGCGUUUAUAUUGUUUAAAGUAAUAUUGUAGUGAGCAUUAAUUAAUUAUUAUUAUAUAUUGUAGAAGUCUUAUACCAAAUUGUUUUUUGUCAAACAUUUUUUGCUUUGCUUAGUUGUUAUGGCACUUUUGCUUUGCUAUGUUUAUUGUUAAAUACUUAAUUACGCUAAGUGCUUAGUUAUUUUAUUAAAAAAUAAAAAACAAAAAAAAAAACGAUGUCUAGACAAUGCGUUUUUCGAUUUUAGAAAGCUUACCGAAGUAUAUGUUAUAGUAUUAAAAUCUGAAUAUUUACAAAUUGUUUUCAUUUGUGUACUAUAUUAUAUCAACUUAAAAAAAAAUGUGUUUUCGAAGAAUGAGAAAGUGUAAAAAAAUUCUGGACACCUUUUUCUUUUUUUAUUUAUUUGAUUCAAUAGUUUCUUUUUGUGAGAACCAUGCGGGGAAAUUUUAGCAUUUCAUUAACAGCUCAAAAUGUCAAGUGAAUUUUAUUUUUUAUUAUUUUCAAAAACCUAAGGGAAAUCAAAACAAAGAGGAUUCUUUUUGCGACAUUCUUAUAUUCAGGUUUUAAUAUAAUGAAUAUAUUACACAGUGUGCUAGUCAAAUAUUAUAACGAAAGCUCCGUGAAAUUUACUUUUUUCAUGAAUAGGUCAUUGUUUUAUAAUCUUAAAAGUAAUUUAUACGUUCAUUAUAUUUCGAAAUUCGAAAAAUUCACCGAAUUUUAAUUUUUAUUCGAAAUUCGAAAGUGACCGAUGCCAUGGCAGUUACUCUCAGAUAUCAUCAAGAAUUGCACGUUUAAUUUUUUUAUAUUUCGUGAAAACAACAAACAUGAAUUUAUAAAAUUGUACUUUUGUUUUAUAUAAAUUACAAAUAACCAAGAAAAGAAUUAUUUAUUCGAAACUUUUGGAGUAGAUAAGAAACUGCAGUUGUUUUAAAUUUUGCGGUGAAUCAAACUAAAAAACUGAUUAUCCGAUAGUUUUAGGUGCUAAGGUCAGUUUUAGGGUGUGUUGGUGAAAAUUACUUAAAAUAGGAUAGUUUGGGCCAUAAAGUACUUAGAUUGCGUAUGGAUGGCAUUUAUAAUUUAAUAUCAGUAGAUAACACAUGGUAACGUAGCAAUUGUAACUGUUAGGGCAUAGCGUCGUAGGUACUACGAAUAGGGUAGACGUGGAUGUUUACUAUUUAAUAUUUUAUACCUUACUAAUAAACUUUAUAUCGCAUGUUCCUAAAAAAAAGGCUUGACUGCCGCAUAACUUGCGACAAGUGUAAACCCAGCGGGCAUACGACGCACCCACUUCGCCGUCCGAUGCAAUCGAGUCAAAUCAGUGUCUGUAUCUCAUAAAUUGUAUUACAUUGCGGCUUUACUUUUCAUUAACUAUUUGACAAUUUCAUGUAAAUGUGCAAUGAAUAGUGUACAUAGCGUAUGCUAUAGCAAUUUUAACCUUAUAUGUAGUGCGCGUGCUCGCUCAUGGUAAUUAAAGUACAAUUAGUCUUAUUGACUGACCUUUCCAUUUAUCGAUUGUUUUGUAUAAUAGUAGUAUAAUUGGUUUAUAUAUAGUUAUGGUAAUUUUUCAUAAAUUAAUUUGUGUUUUUGCCUUUCAUUUAAAUAUGUUGAUUUUUUUUUUGUGUCCAAACUUAAAACGCAAAUAUCCGUUCAAUAUCAUAAUAAAUAAUAUAUUGAAUUAACAACCUUUCACAAAUUUGGUCAUAUAGAAUAUUGUCGAUGUGAUUUGGUUAUUAUUGCUAAUGUGCUAUCGUUUAACCUGGAUUAUCGAAAGAACUCCUAAAAUCAUCUAUUUUGAAAUAACCAUGCCUUAAAGUUUAUUCAGUAAGGUAGCUUACUUAAUGAGAAAAGGCUAUAAGUAGAGAAGGUUAUUUGAAUUUCAAUUUAUUAGCUAGUUGUUAUUAUUCCUACAUAUAAGAAUAUAAUUGUAGCAUUUCUAGUAUAAUAACUAUUUAUUGGUAUUGCUUUAUUUGAAUGAUUCCUGUAUCUACAUAUUACUAUCAUUGGAAAAACCAAUAAAACUUAACUGAAAAAGUGGGGGUGGGUUGAGUUAGUUCAAUGUGAGAAAAAGACAGAGCUAUAUAGAUCCUCUAGUGCUAUCGCUUUCUCACACCGAAAUAACUUUAAAGUCAUAGUAAGACGCCUGUUACAAUUAGCGUCUGCGAUUGUGUACAAGUUCUAAAUAAAAUAUAUGUAUGAGGUUCUUGGCUUUGAACUUCUAUUGAGAUAAGGAACCUGAAGAUUUAAUAUAGCAGGAUAUAUUAAUUAUAUAAAUAUGGGUGUUUUGUUUACGUAAUGUAACGUUAGUAAUUUUUGUUAUUUUCGCGGUGAUAUUUAGUAGUUGUAAUUCUAUUUACCGUUUAAGAUAUUAAAUGUAUAAAGAAUCAACAUAUACCACAGACUACAACAGUCCUCGUGUUAUAAAUCAGAUAAAUUUUACCUUUUUAUUUCGUUUUAGUUUGAAUAAUGUAGAAUUUGUUUUAUUUGUAAGUACAUAUAUUUUAAAUAUAAUUAUAAUUGCUUACUAUUUCUUUUUAAUUAUACCAAUUACCUAUACCAAAUGUCUUCCGAAUUUAUGACAAUAUAAAAAUUAGGAGUAAUGUUGUAUUUGAAACACUUAAUUAGACUUCUUGUUAAUAUUAUCAAUUCUAUAAUAAAUAAAGUUGUAAGUAUA